CUGUGCAGUUCGCCCUGGCAUUCUGGAUAUCAGCUUCUGGACCACAUCCUGACUGAUGGCAACCCAUUCUUCUGGUCAAGUUGCAGGAGAGAAGAUGUCGGGCCAGACGCUGACGGAUCGCAUCGCUGCCGCACAGUACAGUGUGACGGGCUCCGCCGUGGCCAGAGCGGUGUGCAAGGCGACCACUCAUGAGGUGAUGGGGCCCAAGAAGAAGCACCUGGACUAUUUGAUCCAAGCUACUAAUGAGACAAAUGUGAAUAUCCCUCAGAUGGCGGACACAUUGUUUGAGCGAGCCACAAAUAGCAGCUGGGUGGUUGUGUUUAAAGCCUUAGUCACAACUCAUCAUCUAAUGGUCCAUGGUAAUGAGAGAUUCAUCCAGUAUUUGGCAUCUCGAAACACACUAUUUAAUCUUAGCAACUUUUUGGACAAAAGUGGAUCACAUGGUUAUGAUAUGUCAACAUUUAUUAGGCGCUACAGUAGAUAUCUCAAUGAAAAAGCAUUCUCCUACAGACAAAUGGCGUUUGACUUUGCCAGGGUAAAAAAAGGUGCUGAAGGAGUGAUGCGAACAAUGGUUCCAGAAAAGUUACUCAAGGGCAUGCCAAUACUACAGGGACAAAUUGAUGCUCUACUGGAGUUUGAUGUUCACCCUAAUGAAUUGACCAAUGGGGUUAUAAAUGCUGCUUUUAUGCUUCUUUUUAAAGAUCUUAUCAAGUUGUUUGCAUGCUACAAUGAUGGAAUAAUUAAUUUAUUGGAGAAAUUCUUUGAAAUGAAGAAAGGCCAAUGCAAGGAUGCUCUAGAGAUUUACAAGCGGUUCCUGACCAGAAUGACAAGAGUUUCAGAGUUUAUGAAAGUCGCAGAGCAGGUUGGCAUUGAUAAAGGUGACAUGCCUGAUCUUACUCAGGCACCGAGCAGUCUUAUGGAAACUUUGGAACAACAUUUAAAUACAUUGGAAGGGAAGAAAGGCAGCAGUGAUGGCUCUGGAUCGCCGGUAGGCAAGUCUUCCCCUGCUACUACAGUCACGUCUCCAAACACUACUCCAUCCAAGACUGUAGACACCUCUCCACCCGUUGACCUUUUUGCAACUGCAAGCGCUGCAUCUCCCAUUUGUUCAGCAAAGCUCUCCAAUGAUCUUCUGGAUCUGCAGCCAGACUUCACCUCAACCGGUCAUUCAGCUUCAGCUGCCCCUGCAGCCGCCAGUGCUUGGGGAGAUGCCUUUGCUGCUUCUCCUGGUGAAGCACCUGCAACAUUAGAAGGGGCUGCAGCACCACCUCCCCCUACCCCUGUUGCAGCGGCUCUUGAUGCAUGCUCUGGAAACGACCCUUUUGCCCCAUCUGAAGGUAGUGCAGAAGCUGCUCCUGAACUGGACCUUUUUGCUUUGAAGCCAGCUGAAAGCAGCACUCCUGUAGUUACCCCUACGACUAGUACAACCACUGCUAGUGCUGCUCUCGGCACUACUCCUUCUCCUCCUCCUCCUCCUGCUCCUGCUGCAGCAGUAGCUCCUACUACUACAACUGCUACUACCACUACCACCGCCGCCACCACAACUGCCAGCACUACCACAACAACUACUGCUCCUCCUGCUCUAGAUAUCUUUGGUGAUUUAUUUGAGUCUGUUUCGGAGGUGGCUGCUGCGCCUAAGCCAGAAGUUACACCUAGCAUAGACCUGUUUGGUACAGAUGCUUUCUCAUCCUCACCACAUGGGCCUUCUCCUGUGCCCGAGACUUCCCUCACUGGAGACCUCUUAUCUGUGGACACAUUUGCUGCUCCAACACCCGUGCCCACCGCAUCGCCAGCCAAGGUUGAACCUGUGAUUGACUUAUUUGGAGAUGCUUUUGGAAGUGUAAGUGAACCACAGCCCGCAGCUCUGGCACCUACGAGUUCAUCAGCUGCAGCAGAUCUCCUGGCAGGAUUUGGAGGGUCAUUUAUUUCGCCAUCCCCUGCACCCAUCGCCCCAGCACAGAAUAACUUAAUUCAGCCAGGCUUUGAUACAUCUUUUGGAGCCAGUCAGCCAAUUACCGCCACUGCCCCUGCUCCCGCAGCAGCCAGCGCAACAUCUGGCAGCACUUUUGACUCUUCAGUAUUUGAUGGCUUAGAAGAUCUUCUUAUGCCAACAAUGACCCCCUCAUCUCAGCCAGCAUCUUCACUCGCAUCCGCAAACAAUGCCGGCGCCGCUGGUAAAAGUCUUGCCAGUGACCUUGAUUCUUCUCUUGCAAGUUUAGUAGGCAAUCUUGGUAUUUCUGGAACCACUGUUAAAAAGGGAGACCUUCAGUGGAAUGCGGGAGAGAAGAAGUUGACAGGAGGUGCUAACUGGCAACCAAAGGUAGCUCCGGCCACAUGGGCAUCCGGUGGUCCAUCAACUGCUUCUAUGCAAGGAUCAGUUCCUCCAGGGAGUGCAGGAGCCCAGGCAGCAAGUGCUUCUCCAGGUGCACAGCCAGCACCAGGAUUUGGUCUACCUGCAUCUGGGACAGGGGUACCAAUGAUGCCCCAACAGCCAAUGAUGUAUGGCCAGCCUAUGAUAAGGCCGUCAUUCGGUGGAGCUUCUGUUCCUGGUGCCCCGCUAUCUCCGAGUAUGACUCCUGCUUCACAAAGCCCCAAGAAACCCCCCUCAAAGGAUCCAUUAGCGGAUCUCAACAUCAAGGACUUCUUGUAAAUCUGUAAGAUUCUGUUUUGUGACCUGAAUACAUAUGUCUGGAGCCUUCGAAGAACAGAUUGCUGCUCAGAGUUUUCUAAGUGAGCCACCAGUACCAAACCCAGUGCUUAGAUUUCUCUUCUGAAACGCGUAGCACAGCUGUGAAAGUGAUCAUUAGGAUUCUGUAUUGCCCUAGCAGUAACCCGCUACUAUAUACCAUAUUUUGUUCAUUUUUGUGUUUUUGGGUUCUCUGUGUUUUCCAGUUUCCAUGAGUGGGUGUAAUUUCCCCCAUGCCUUCUAGUGCUAUUCCUGUCCCUGCCUGAUGGGGGCAGAACACGCAGCUGUUGUGUGCUGAGCAGUCUGGACAGAUGUGUCUGUGUUUUUUGAACGUUUCAAUGUAUAUAAUGUUUGGACAUCCCCUGUUCUUCUAUCGAGUAUGAAAUCUUGUGUGAUCACAGCAGAAAACACUCCAAUUCAACCCUCUGUUUUGUGUGCGAGAACUACCCACAGGACUAUUAAUUGUGGAAAAUGAAGCUGUUUGUUUUUGUGGUAAUUUAUAUGUUUAAAGUUAUUUAUAAUUUAAAUGAAUAUGAAAUGAAAUCUUCCUCCACAUAUAUAGUUAUGCACUGCUAUAGAGACAAAUCAUAUCAGAAAUAUAUCAUAUUUAUCUUUUUGUUGAUUUUAAAUAUAAUAUAUAUUUUAAUUAUAUUUUUCAGUUUUUGCAUUCAAACUAGUAUAUUGGUCCAUUUUGCAAAAUCAGUCUGCGCAUCUCUUCAUUGUAGUUGCAGCAGGGCUAUUAAUUUUCGUGGAGUGUUACAAAAAAAAUAUAAUUUUUAUUUAUCUUAAAUUUUAUUGUACGCGUACAUCUUGUUUUGUGUUUAUUUUAGCACUUUUUUCCCUCUGAGUUCACUGUGAGUAGUUUUGUACCAUUUGUGACCAAAUUUCCUGCUGAUCAGCAAGGUCCACCCCAUCUUGUACAUAUUGUGCACAUUUCAUUUUUUCGUUCACACACUCAUCCCGUUGUGCGCUGACCGCUUUGGCUUAAGGUUUUGGUGCAUACAAAUAAGGUCACUGUUGAUCAGUGUUACAAGUGGCUUGGCAGCUGUUUGUAGAAGUUUACUGGAUAGGAACGACGUUCACCUGUUGUAAGUCUUUCAAUUUAAUUAUUUAUUCGAUGGUCGUAUCUGAAUUUACUGUGGGGAUAACAUACACUCUAAAUGGGGAUCAAGUAUUUAAAAUCAAUUUCCAACUGGCUUUCCUUUGUAUCAUGGUUUAAAGACCCAGUGCAUGUAUGCCCUGUAAGAUGCAAUAAACACCUUGA